GCACUAAAAAUGGCAUUCUCUGCAACCUAACCUCAAAACCGCUGCCCUCUUGUUGUGUAAUUUCACGUGUGAAAAACAGUGAUUUGGAGCGGAAAUGAAGAGAAUUCUGGCAAGGAAUGGUCAGAAGUACACUUCUUUACUCUCGCGGAUGUGGUCAGGAAGCAGUGGUCAGGGCGCAUCUAAGUACACAGACAAGGACCUGAGGAGGAGCUUGAGUGAGAAGUUCCCGGCAGCUGAGGAAAUCGCCGUGACGGACAUUUCCGGAGGCUGCGGAGCGAUGUUUGAGAUUUUCGUGAGAUCAAAAGACUUCCAGGGAUUGUCGACAGUGAAGCAGCAUCGACUGAUAACGGAGACAUUGAAGGAGCAGAUAAAGGACAUGCACGGACUGAGGAUUCACACGGAAAUCCCGCCAAAGUAAAGGACGACGUGGAAAAUUUCUCAUCAUAUUUCACGUAAGUUUUUUGUACAAAGGAAAAAUAUUGUAAGAUA